GGGAAACACUGCCAGGGCAGCGUGCCUUUUGCGCGUGACAGUCCGCCGACCUUGUAAAGAGCGAUAGCUGGGCGGGCAAUAGUGCCAUUCCUCUAUUCUUCAAAAAUGAGCCUUGACCUUGACACCCUGAGCUUCCUUCUGUUAGGAUCUAUCAGUACUGUUGCGCUCUUGUCCAUUCGUAACGCCAAAGGUCCUGAUGUCCAUCCACUUUUGCUCAACGCUCAAGCCGACCCCUCUCGCCUGCGACAUGUGGGAGAGACCGCCAUUUACAGAUCUCGAAUGCAUCCUAAUGGUUCGCCUUUGAUGUUAACUAUGGAUCGCAAUAUUCGCACAUUGCACGAUCUCUUUGAACUAGGUGGCGCCAAAUCUAAUCUCAAUGCUAAAUUUCUUGGCAAUUUUAAUGGUUCCGCUGUUGUCUGGCAAACGUAUGAUGAAGUCAAGAGAAGAGUUGACAACUUUCGAUGCGGUUUGGCCACUUUUGCUAGCUUGACACCAAAGACAAACGAUGCAUCUUCUUUCGUGGGUGUUUUCGCAAAGUCAUCGUCUGAAACCUUUAUUGCCGAGCAAGCUGCCAAUUCUCAUUCUUAUGUCACCAUCCCUAUCGCUGCUAGCGCACGCACCACUUUCAUAUCUCAUAUUUUGAGUACAACCUCUUUGACGACUGUCGUUGUCGAUAAGGAAACUCUGCCUAUUUUACUUUCAGUCGCUGAAGGCACCUCGGUUAAAUAUGUCAUUGUUGAUGGAACUCCAAGCCAUGCUGAGUUGGCUUCUGCCAACGAAAAGAAUAUCAAGUUGGAGGAAUUUAAGAAUGUUGAAGCCAUCGGUGCUGCUCAUCCUACCAGUCCCGUUGUUCCAGAACCCGAGGACAUUUGUAGCAUAUACUUCACCAAAGCAUCUGGAAAGAAAGCUGGUGUUGUAUUGAAGCAUAAGAAUAUUCUCGCCAAUAUCGCUUCUUACAUCGCAAUUAUGCCUCCUAAUCAAAAAGUGACGGCAGCCGAUCGCCUGAUAUACAGCUACCCUCUUGGAAAUGUCUUGAGUCGGGUACUCACUGGCAUGCUCAGCUAUGUUGGAGGUUCCAUUGCAUAUGGAUGUGAAAUUGCUGAGGACGAAGAGGUCGUUGAUAUAACCAGACUCCAAACAUGUGCACAGCAAGCCAUGCCAACCAUAAUCGCCAGCGGAUCACUGGCUUUUACCCAGAUCAAAGAUCGCAUCGAGAGCCAUUAUGGCAACAGCUUCUUGUACAAGAGAGGCUAUGAAGCAAAGAAACGUACUCUUCUCAACGAAGGACGUCUGGUGGUUGAUAACAGAUAUGAUAUGCUUGUUUUCCGCGAUAUUAGACAAAAGACAUUCGGCGGAUCUCUUCGAUUGGUUCUAUUUGACAACAAUGGCGACUUAGGAGAUCUACCAACUUUUGUUCGCGUCGUACUCGGCGCUCAAGCCGUUCCAACCUACAGCCGAACUGAAGCAUCGGGAACCAUUACUGCGUCUAUGUUCUUUGACUAUGCAGCCAAUCCUGCCAGCCGAGGUUCACCGACACCUUGUAAUGAAGUCAAAUUGAUCGAUUUACCCGAAGGCUAUCUGGCUACAGACACACCCAAUCCUCGAGGUGAAAUCUGCGUACGUGGCAAUAAUGUAUUUAGUGGAUACUGGGGUGACUCCAACACUACCAGCGAAGUACUUGAUGGUGAUAAAUGGUUCAUGACUGGUGAUAUUGGUGAAUGGCUGCCUAACGGUACGCUCAAGAUUGUUGGAAGCAAAAAAUAAAAAAACAAGAGGACUUUAAUUUUCAUUGUCACAUUCCCCCCAAAAACAAGCCACUCAGCUG